AUUACUUGUUUUAUUUUUAUAUAUACGAUAAUUAUAUUUGUAAUUAUGAAAGUCGCGGUAGUGGGAGGUGGAAUUGUCGGAUUGACAACAGCAUUAAAAUUAAAUAGUGAAUUAAGAAAUAGUAAUAUUACAGUACUCGCUGAAAGUUACGAUGAUCUUGUUAGUUAUGUUGCUGCGGGACUCUUCAGAGUUGGACAUACGUACUCUGGACCAACAGAAGAAAUAACUCAAAAAUUGAUACAUGAUUCUUACUCAUAUUACGAUGAAAUAACUAAAAAUUAUGAGCCUAUUCAAGCGGGUGUUGGUCAAAGUGAAGCUUAUAUGUUUUCUAAUUUUAGUACGGAUAUUGUUCAGAAUAAAUUAAUGGAAUCAGUGGUUCCGAUAUAUCGAAAAGCAACUGAUGAAGAAUUUAAUCUGAUUGGGAAAAAUCAUAAGUAUGGUUGUUAUUUUAAAACAGUAGUAAUUCAAUGUCAACAUCAUAUUCCUUGGGCAAUGAAUAAAUUAAGAGCCGAAGGGACGAACUUUAUGAUUAAAAAAAUAAAAUCAUUAAAAGAAUUAGCUGAUGAUUAUGAUUUUGUUUUUAAUUGUUCAGGAUUUGGUGCUAGAGAAUUGUGUAAUGAUAAAAAAAUGAUACCAAUCCGAGGACAAGUAAUAAAGGUACAUGCACCAUGGGUAAAAGCAACAUUCUAUAGUGAAAUAGAUACAUAUAUAAUACCUGGUGUUGACGGUAGUUGUACUCUCGGUGGCACCCGUAAUUUUGAAACAUUUAAAAAGUUAAUUUGUCCACACGAUACUAAGUCAAUAAGAGAAAGAUGUGAAGAAUUAUUACCAUCAUUGUCAAAAGCACAAACUUUAAAAUAUGCUGUUGGACUUAGACCUCAUAGAGAAGGUGGAGUCCGGAUUGAAAUUGAAAAAAUAUCAAAUGGUCGUGGUAAAACUAAUGUCGUUCAUAAUUAUGGUCAUGGUGGAUAUGGAGUUUCUACAGCACCAGGAACUGCUCAGUAUGCUGUCGAACUUGCAAAAGAUUAUCACAAGUCUUCGAAUUCAAAAUUAUAAAUUGAACGAAAGUUUUUUUUUUUUAUUUAUUAUACAUAAAUAUAUCAAUAAAAAACAAUUGUU